GUUCAAUUGAUUCCACUUUAAAUUUAGAGGGUUUCCAGUCAAAAAUUCGUCUACGGAAGGAGUACCUACAACUUCGGAUUUAUCGCAAGCAAAGUUAAAUGUUAGGUAUACUGGUACAACCAACAGAACCAUACGGUGCUAUUUGCCAAUACGAAAAUCAUAUAUGCAAUAAUCUCGAUUAAGCCUCGUAUGUAACAUUCCUAGGCACCAAGCCUGCGGGUACCAUUUCGAUGGUACUCCUCGGCGCACCUUCGGCUCCCACUUCUUAGCGUACCGCCGAGGUGUUCCGCAAGCAAGAGAAAUCCAACGAGAGAGGUAACACUAUUACGUACCACCGUACUGCGUUUAUGUGGAUACUGGUCGCGCGAAAUAAGCCGCGUAAUGAAUUUUUGAAUUAAUUUUUGCAAAAAUAGUCAAAAAUGGCACUAAACGUGUCGCUAGUGUUUAGUGUAGUGUUCGUUGUAUUGUACAGUGUGUGUAAGGUAGAAGGACAUGUGGCGCUAGUGUUUCCACCGGCCAGAAAGUACGACUUGGAUUUUUUGGAUAGUUCCAGAACCAAAGGACCAUGCGGGAUGCCGAAAGGAAACGUGAAAACAUCCCUAUUACAAGGAAGCAAAUUCAAUGUGACGUGGCACUUGGGAUACCCUCACAAGGGCGGAUUUAAAAUUCAACUCUUGGACGAACUAGAGAGGCCAGUAUUAGAUUUAACUCCCAGCGUUCAAGGUUCUGAGUUUAUUGCAAACGAUGCAGCUGCCCAAACCUACCAAGUACAACUCGACCCGAAUUUCGCCUGCACCAAUUGCACCUUAAGACUGUUGCGUCAAGCCCUAGAAUGGGGCAAAGACUACAAAUUCUGGUCAUGCGCCGACGUCGACAUCAAACCGCGAAAAGUAUUCCGCGAAUCCUGCAGCAACCACGGUCGUUAUUUGCUGGGCAGGUGCAAAUGCGACCGGCUCUACUACGGCUCCGUUUGUCAAUUUAGAGACGAGUGUUUGGAGAAUAGCGACUGUGGCGCCCAAGGAGUUUGCGUGGACGUCGAAGCUACCACAGCACCACGUAGACAAUGCUAUUGUCAAUUGGGUUGGUUCGGACCUGGAUGCAACAAACGCUCUCCUGUAAAAUCUACCGAAAUCGAUUUCGACCUCUACACAGAAAAAAAGCUCUCCGACACAUUCAAACUCUAUUGGAGAAUUCUCAAAGAGCAUCGGGAACUGGAGGCCGUCAUGGUGGUGAACGGAACCAGCUACGCAGCUCUGGGCUGGAGACCUCGUUCAUUAACAACAAGCUGCAAAAAUUUCCCGCAAAUCGGCCCUGCAGGUGCCUCCGUCUCAAACGGAGAGCCCAAAAGCGAGCCGGAGCCUGAACCUAAAAGCGAGCCAGAACCUGAACCUACAAGUGAACCAGAACCAACUGCAGAGCCUGAACCGACGACAACGGAAAAAUUCAAGAAAUCUACUUAUAAUCGGAGAUCGGCCGCCAUUCCAACACCAGCGAUUUAUAAAGAUGUGGACAAAGUAGAAACUAGUGUUUCGUAUCAAGUUAGUAAAAGUUCAGGCAGAAGCAAAAGAGACACAGAUAAAGAUUCGGAAGAACCUGCAGCUGAACCAGAGCCGACAUCAGAACCGGAACCUACCUCAGAACCCGAACCAGAACCCAAAUCCGAACCAGAACCCAAAUCCGAACCAGAGCCCAAAUCCGAACCAGAACCUAAAUCCGAACCAGAACCUACCUCAGAACCAGAACCCACUUCAGAGCCCACUGCCGAACCCGAACCGACUUCAGAGCCGGAACCUAGUUCUGAGCCUGAAGCGACCACGAUAACCUAUUCCUUCCGACAUGCCAACCUAAAUUCUGAUCCCUCCGCUGAGCCUGAACCUUCCUCGGAACCUGAACCUUCCUCAGAACCUGAACCUUCCUCAGAACCUGAACCUUCCUCAGAACCUGAACCGUCUUCCGAGCCCGAACCUAGUGCGGAGCCUAAUGUUAAAACGCACUCUAGCUUAGAAAUUACGGCACCCAAGAAAGAUAAGGGAAAUAGUGAAGGUAAAGGAAAUUUAAAUCCCUGGACGCCAAGGCACGAUUUCAGUCCUAUGGAUUGUACCGAUAUUAUUAUCGGUUCCGCACGUGGCACCGCCAGCAGAAUCAACGAUUAUUACACUAGAGAUCGCUCUACUCCUCGUAUGGAUAAUUUCUGGGGCGGCAAAAACGACCUGACAGCCGCCAUGGGUUUCGAAAAAGACGGAGUGACUACCAUUUUGUUUAGAAAAAAAUUAGACGCCACGGAACCGUCGGAUCACAGCAUCGAAGAGGAUCUUAUGCACGUGAUUUUCGCACAAGGGCAAGAAAGAGGCAAAUACGUGCACAGGCCCGCAUCGGGGGUGGAAACUUCGCAGGAAAACGACUUUUAUAAGCCGGACGAGCUCAAGUACCACGGUCACCGUCAACAGAGAGGAGUCGUGUCUUUGAACUUUUUCGAAGAGAAGAAAGACAUGGUUCCUAAUGGGGAGGAAGCGACAAGCGACACUGUGCAAAAUACCGACUGUAGCGGCGAAUGGAAAGUACCCAAAGGUUGUGAUCCUGCUAAUUACACUUGCGAAUAUUCUGCCAGAUGGGAAUUUGUGCCUAGGAAGGAUGAAAUACGUUUUUCAAUAACGACAAGUAACGUGGACACCUGGACAGGCAUCGCCUUCUCCAACGACGAAAGAAUGUCUCAAACCGACGCCAUUUUGGGUUGGGUAGAUAAAACCGGACGUCCCUUCCUCAUGGACACUUGGAUUACUGGCUAUACUCAGCCGUUCUUGGACAGCAACCAAAACAUAUACAAUACCAGCGGACGCGUAAUCAACGGAGUGACCACAUUGUCGUUUACGAGAAAACGAAACACUAACGACGCUAAAGAUUGGGCUUUCACGGACGAACAGUGUUUAUUUAUCAUGUUCCCUGUCAAAGGAGGCGCUUUUAACAGUGUCAAUAAGAAGAUAAGAAAACAUGAAGUGCUGCCAGUGGUCAGUACUGAGAGGAUUUGUAUCAGGUCUUGUGGCAAUGAUGACAUUUACGAUUCUCAAACUACAACAGAAGCUCCAGGACUUGGCUACAUGGUCAAAGUGAAACUGGUCGAAUUAGGUGAAAACUUUGUCGCACCCAAAUCGGGUACUAUCGAGUACGAGGAUUUGAGUAAUUCGAUCUCCAACAAUUUCCUGCCGGUAUUUAGAGGGUUGCCAGGCUAUCGACGCGUGGUUGUUGAAGAUUUAGAAACCGAAAACAACAACAUUGUCGCAGUGAUGAACCUUCAAUUGGACAAAGCGAUGGCCGAAAAGGGCAGAUCGCUGACAGAAGCUGAAGACACUGACGAGCAAGUCCAUAAAGUUAUACAGGAAAGCGUGGGAUCCGGGAAAAUUGGAAAUUUGAAAGUAGAUCCGCAAUAUUUGGUGUUUGAACCGCAAAGCUUGACAACCAAUUUGAUUCCCGACUCUGAUGGAUCGACGAUCAGUUCAGGAUUCUUCGACAUGCCCUCGACGAAACUCUACAUUGUGCUGGGCUGUAUCGCCGCCCUGGUUUUGGUGGCUCUGGUACAGGCCGGCUGUACGGUGUACAGAGCGACAGGACGCAGAAACGCUAACCGUCACAAGGACCAUCUAAUCCCGAACUCUGCGUGGAAAGACUACUCGGCCAACACCAACUACGCGUUCGAUUCGUACGAGCGCGAAGAGGCGGCGAAAAAACACCAGCCAAACGGUAACAACGGCCGCGCGCCGCCGCCCUCCGGUCGCCCUCGCUCGCAGCCGCCCCGGCCUCAAGGACGGCCGCCCAGCGUGCCCCCCCAAGCGCCGCCGGGCGACUCCAGGAGUCUGCAACGGCCGAGAAGCGCCGCGACGCUGCCUCCCAACGACCGGAGCACGUUUUCGUUGCCAAGGACUCAGUACGACAGGCACACGGUGGGGGCAGCGAAGGGCGGCAACAUGCCGGCCGAUUUUUAUUUUAUGCCGUCGCAGAGGAAGUAUUCGGGAGAAGUUGUGAGGGUGUACGUUGAUUAUAACGGACAAAAACGUGAACAUUAAAGAUGAUAGACUUUGGACACAAGUUUUUCCAGUAAGAAAUCAGAAAGUUUGUAACCAAUAAUGAGAUGUUUGUAAAUUCAGUUUGAGACAAUCUGAUUGACUCUAGAUGGUUUGUUCCAAUAUUUAGCACAACAGGGCUUGGACUCUGUAACGGAUAAAGAUCGUUAUCCCCAUCGCUAUGGCACUUGCCGUCUUCUUCUCUCUUAUCGAAAUCAAUAGAGAGGGAACGUCAAUAAAGAUAGAGAAAAUAUCUCUAUUUGUUACAGAGUCCCAGCCCAGAUUUCUCAAAAAUUAGCUAUUUUUGAUUGUUUGUUCAUAACAGGCAGAGGCGUAUUAUGUUAGAUACCUUCAAUCUAGUCUUAUUUUUUCAAGAAACAAAUUUUCCGAAACGAAAAUGUAGCUAAAAUGUACCAUAACUUUAAUUCUAGUAAUUUAAUUAUUAUUAAUUUAGUUUGUUAAUUGAAAAUAGAGAUUUUUACUGUUUGAAUUUGACCAAAUGUCUCUCCAUCAUCAGGUUGAGUUAAUAUUUGAUCAAAUUCAAAUAGAAUGGACGGUGGUCGGUGAGAGUGGUCAAAGUUAUGGGCUAAUCCAUAUAUUGUGCUUGUAACUUUAACAGCCGUAUUCAUAGUCAAUCGCCAGUGAGUCGCCGUGUGCUGGGCCAAAUACGGUGACUCGCUGGCGAUUGACUAUGAAUACGGCUGUUAGUUUUUCAGUAAGAGCAUUGCAUUUUUUCCCUCCAAGACUAAAGCACCUUUAUUCAAGAAAAUAACACAGAAAUCAUAACGAAAAUAACAGUAUUACUACAAUUACAAUCAAGUUUAACUUUCCUAUUAUAAACUUAUACAAUUCUCAAUUAAGUAACUGAUUCUUAAGACACUGGCGUUAAAUUAUCGCUGACUUUUCUCUGGGUGGCUGACUUCGUCUUAUAGCGCGUCGUUGCUUCUAGAAUUGUCUAGACUCUAGACAAUUCACUUCAGUUUGUCUCAAAUUCGCUGAACUAUUGCGCGAUAUAAUUCCAUUGGAGAAAUUUGUAGCCAUUAGGCAGUGUUGCAAUAUUGUUCACGAUUUCUCCAAAUUGAGUUAUAAAAGGGAAGUUUUUUAAAGGCUUUUAAAAGCCGCUGGAAUAGUUUCUUGGAGCCACCUUUAAAAACAUUCAACGUUCUGAUUCAGAUACGUUUUUAUAAAACGUCCGUUUUGGAUGUCAAUAAAGACAUUCAAAGUUGUGACUAUUAGUCCAGCAGGCAAGUACUUUCUGCUGGAAAGUAUUUCGAAGUUAAUGAUAUUUUGGUUUAUCAUUUGUGGGUAGUUUGCGGAGUAAAAUCUGAGUUUUUGACCUCGAGGACCUUGUGCUAGCUUGGGGGCAGUCGAAAAACCACGAAAUUUUCGGACUUUUUCAGUUUUUUGCUUAUAUUUUCUAAACCAUGCGUUUUAGCGGAAUACACCUAGUUAUAAAGUUGAAGAACAUUAAAUUUUCUUCAAAUUUCACUUGCUACCUUUGCAGAUAUUUCGUGCGUGACUCUACAUCUUAAUUUGUCUUCAGAGAGCGUAGACUGCCGAAGGAAGCUAUUUUCCUGGGUGUCAGUUGACCCACUUCUUCUGGUGACAAUAUUGCCCCCUCGAGGAAUUUGAGCCUCUUGCAGAAUUGGGCUGGACAUUCGCAGAGCAGGUGCUCUGCGGUCUCUAUUGCGUCUGAACAGAAUCUGCAGAGAUCGUCUUCCGCUCUGCCUAUUAACCUUAAAUGGUAUUUUACUGGGCAGUGUCCUGUGAGCAGUCCCACUACCAAUCUGAUGUCUGGUCUGCCCAUGUUUAGAAGCUGUUCAGCUCUUUUUGACUGUCUGAGUCCCGGUGUGUACCUCCAAUAUGAUGACAGUUGGGCUUUCUCCCAUUUCUUGAGUUCUUCCAUGAUGUGGCUUUUCAUUAAGCCAGCCCCUUCCUUUGCGAGGCCAUCUGCUUCUUCCUUUCCUUCUAUGCCUCGAUGACCAGGCAGCCACAUCAGCGUUACCUGGUUAUGUCUCGCUAGUGUUUUUAGGGUCUGUUUACACUCCCAGACUAGUUUUGACGUGCAUUUGAAAGCCCUUAUAAGGCUUUUAAGGCAGCUUGGCUGUCCGAUAGUAUGAAGAUGUGUUUUCUUUUGAGGCUUUGGUUAAGACACUCUUGUGAACAUAUAUCUAUGGCAAGCAGUUCGGCUUGAAAUAUUGUAAGAUGUUUACCCAAUGCCUUGGAGAGCUUGAAGUUAGGGCCGGAAAUGCCCAGUCCCAGAGAUGCAUUGUCUGCUUGUGGCAAUACCACUGCGAAGGGGAUCUCUAAGUCCAAUGUGACCAUCAUGUGGUCACUUGGUUUGCUGGCAUUCUCCAGUUUUAUUAGAUCAAGGAUUCUCAGAUGUCCCCUCUGAUCGCCAGACUUGAACUUGUCUAUUUAUUGCCUCCUUUUUCACACAUAGGUGAAGUGGGGGCAUGUUGAGUAGCGUCUCUAGGGCUGCGGUGGGGCAAGUUGACAUUGACCGUUAUUCCUAGACAUAUCAGCCUUUGCACCUUUCUUAACUUGAUCUGAGCGGUGACUUGUUGGGUUUUGGGCCACCACACCAAUGAGGCGUAUGUGACCAUGGGCUUUAUUAUAGUUUGGUAGAUCCAGAAUACCAUCUUUGGCUUUAGCCUCCAUGUUUUGCCAACAAGUUUUCGGCAUGACCAAAUGGCUGAUGUAGCUCGAGAGCAUGUUUUCUCUAACUGUUUGUUCCAAGUAUGGGAUAAACAUAUUUUAUCCUAAUCUCUUUCACGUGCAUCCACAGACGAUACAUUUCUACUGUGAACCUGAAUUAUUUUUCGCGUUAACCGCAACCAAAACCUCGAAAUUAUCGGACUUUUCCAGUUUUUUGCUUAGGAGCUUCUCAACAAAGUUGAAGAACUUCAAACUUCCUUUAAAUUUCACUGGCCAAAAGGAUUCGAUCCAAUAGUUAACCAGAUAUAGUGGUUCAAAAAUUAAAGUAAUUUCUCAGAUUAUCAAAAUUAGCAUGGAAAUGCAGGUUUCUACUCUAUAACUUUGGAAAACAUAAAACUUUGACUAUGAGUGCAGCAAAGAUCGUCGAUAUCGUUCUAUGGCUCUGGUAACUUUAUGCCAACAGGAUUUGCCACAGAACCUCAUGUAGCAGGUACCCACCAUCGAUAACUGCGCAUUCGCUGCUGUCGAAAAAGUAGGCUUUUUCUUAUGUUGUCUAGGGUGUAUGUAAUGGGGUGAAAUAAAAGGUCCUCCGGUGGAUUUGUGUGAGUAAGGGACAAGCCCUCAGUCCACGUCCUCGUCUUCAGAAAUUGGCAAAAGUGUAACCCCAGUCUUCGUCUUCACGUCUUUGGGACGGGGUGACACGGCUCUUCACUCCCACAACACAAUUGCAAUAAUUGUGUACGUCUUCCGUCUUUAUCGCCUUUCCACACCACUUCUGACUAGAUUUCUUGACUAAUGAAUAACAAAUUAAUGACUGAUUUAAUAGAAUGAACACCCGCCAUACUAGUACUAGAGAGUACACAUACUCGCCAACUUUACGCCUUUUCGCGCAUGCACCUGCCAUUGCUCUUUUUAAAGGGACCUCCUCUGGCAAAAUGUCAGAGAUGUGUUCACUUUCUAGAAUCUAGAAAAUGCAUCAUAAUAAUAUUGACACCUACAUAUAAACUGCUGGACAAAUGAAGCGGAACAAGCCAAUUUUUAAUUUAACUCUUGACUUUUGUGCCCUUAUGCAUACCUCCCUCUGUGAAGAGAGACAUCGGAUCAACAAACAACGUUAUCUUUCCGCUCUCAUUUCAUGUCUUGAUAAUUCCCUUCUUCCAAACAGGUCUUCAUACCAAUAGUUCGAGCUGAGUGACAGUUCACAACUUCAGGAGCAACAGCUCCUGUGCCUAUUGAGAUCAGUAGAUAGACGAGUUCAGCACGGAUGACGUCAAAAUCAGAAUCAAAAACGGUUUAUUUUCCAAAAAUAUUUAUUAAAAUAGGAUACAAUAAAAAAAUAAUUCAGGGACACAGUAGACCAUGAGUGCACCUGAAAGAGACGAGGAUUGAAGAUGUUUAUCCCAUGCUUGGUUUGAAUUAUGUUCGGACGAGAAAAAGUUUUUGACAAGUUGAGAUUUUUUUUGGAUAUUUGAAUUACUGUAUCUUCGUUACUAUUGCGUUAAAGAAUACUUUUGAUGAGUUAUAUUUGAAUAAAAUUUUAUUUUCUUUAACUUUAUAAAUAGGUGUAUUCUGCUAAAAACGCAUGGUUUAGAAGUUAUGAGUAAAAAACUGAAAAAGUUUGAAAAUUUUUAGGUCUUUUGACUUCCCCCCAAGUUAGCACAGGGUCCUCGAGGUCAAAAACUUAGAUUCUACUCGACAGACUAUCCAUAAAUGACCUGUUAAAAUAUCAAUACUUCGGAAUACUUUCCAGCUACCCCCUUUAUUUAUUACCUACUUGCCUGCUGCUGGCCUAUAUGUAUAGGAAAACCUCUAUUAGACGUUCUCGGAGACUGGGAACUUCUCAGUAAAAACGGAUGUUUAUAAAAUUUCCUCUCGGUCAGUUUGGUACGUUUUUAAGAAUCUUUCAAACAUCCUAGUACUGGGAAGUUCAAAAGUUCAUUUUAUUAGGUAAAAUGCGGAUAAAAAUGUUUGCCUAACAAAACUCUAGUUAAAAAGCUAACAGUUACCAGCACAAUUAAUAACCCAUGGGUCUUUCCCCAUGUAUUGACCAAUUGACCCCUCCACUACAGGGGUUAUGUGAAGAGAUAUCAAAAAAUUGUAAAAACAAUCCGACUAUAGAUAUUCAGUAAAUACCUAUACAGUAGAGAUUCUUCAUCCAAACAUUAUUAGUAGCUCCAGAGUGAUUUUUCCAUAGGAAACAAGGUUGCCACAUAGUAAUUUUUAACAAAAAUCGGUCAAACAAUUUAUGCAAUGUUGCAAAAUCUAAUUUCUCUCAACAGAGCUGUAUAAUUUUAAUACCAACUAUUUUAUGGUGCCUUAUAAUUAUUGUAAAUAGAUCGCUAGUAUUUUCUUUUACCAUUUUAUACUUUGUUAACCAUUUUAUACGUACUUUAUUAGGUAUAUUUGUUAUGUUCAACUAGUUGUACAGUAAUUUUAAGGACAAAAUUUUUGAAAUAAAACUACUUAUAAUGUUUAAAUUACAAAUAUUUAUUUCCAAUUGGUUUUUUUUUUAUCAUAAAAAUAAUCCUAAGAGAUACAUUUCAUUACGGCAACAAAUAAGAAACAAAGGAAUUUCAUUUUACUAGAUACUUUUUAAUCUACAAUCAAUAUUUACACCAUAUUUUUGUACACAAAAAAAAAAAACUCAUGAUUUUUCCGCAGAAAAGUGUUUGGAAUGGUUUUGUUGGUAUUUUGAUCAUAUCGAUUUCGCCAAAAAUUAUUAUUUGGCAUAUUUAUUUGAAUAUUUACAAUUUAACGAUCAUUUAAUUUACAUUUCAGGAGGGGGUGGCACUGGUUGAUCAUUGAACAGGAAUUGUUCAAAAACAAACAAAAAAACUCCUACUUUCAGUCAGGGCGAGAGCGACUAUUUUGCUUUCGUAAUCAAGCUAUUGUAUAAAUGUAUUACAUAUGCUGGACUCAGGGUUGAAGUUAAUUUUUGCUUCUCAAUAUGUUACAGUAAUAUUCCAAUGUAGUAUAUUUAUACAAUAACUCAAGUACAUAAGUGGAACAAUUGCCACCGCUCCUUCUACACAUUAAAAUAUCAAUUGAAACAAUUAUUACAAAAUAAAAAUAAUAGUAAAAUCACAGCUCUAUCUUAUUUAUAAAUAAAUAAACGUCAUAAUCAAAAAAAAAAAUUGAACAAAAAAUAUUUCAGCUAACUAACACAAUUUAUGCAAUUGCCGAGUAUUUGAAAAAAUCCUCAAACAAUUUUUCUCUAGAGGUAGAACAUUAUUUUUCACAAAAUCUAAUCCUAUAAAAAUAACUAACUAAUUGUACUUACAAAAUUUAAAUGAAAUCGAAAAGUAUUUGGUACAAUAAUAAUUAAUAAUUUACAUAAAUAAUACUUUUCGAUUACAUUGUAUGGAUUAAGGAAGCAUCAUUGAAAUCUUUGUCGAUUGGCUUUUGAUCUACCUAUAUACAAAAAUAAACGGACAAAGAUUUGUUCUCGCCAUUGAAAAAAAUCCUUCAAGGAUACAAAUAUUAUGAGAAUGCACACUGUACACAAAAAGAUGGCGCAAUUUAUUUACAAUACAAACAUUCUAAUUAUUUAAACAAUCUUUGGUAGGAAAGAGACAAAAAUAACAACAAAAUUUGCAACAAAAAAAUUAUUUGUUACCAUCAUAAUACUAAAUCAAUAAUAAUCUUGAGAUCGGUUUUUUGCCCUCUGAUUAGUUUUAUAGAAAAUUAUUUUAAAUAAAUAAUUUCAACAAAAAUUCAACCAUUCUGGUUUCAAUUGGUUGUUUUUUUUUGUCAAAAAGGGCAACAAAAUAAUGUAAUUACGACAUCAAAUCAGUCUAAAAUUGUACAAAAAAAAAUAUAACAAACAAAAAUCUCACAGACAUAAAGCUUGAUAGUUAAUUUAAGAGAUGCUAGAGGAGUUGCCAAAUGGAAAAAAAAAAAUUAAAAAAUUUUAUUGCACAAAAACAAAUUAAAUCAACAACAGCCCUUGUAGUGUCGGAGCUGCACGUGGGCGCAGCACCUCUUCAACUGUCAUCAGCCAAACCGUUCUUUUACCAGGAACAUCAAUUUCUUUUUGCCUUU